AUGGUGAAAGAAGAAUGGGCAGUCGACGCCCAAGAAGAGCAGUGCAUAGUGUCUGUUCCUGUCAAAUCACCAAAAGUGCUUCCUUCCAGUGGCAAGAAGACUACAGUGGUGGGAUUUGACCAACACUUGGAUCGAAUCGUGGAUAAGCUUACCAGAGGUGAACCUGAUCUCCAUAUCCUCUCUAUUGUAGGAAUGGGAGGCAUUGAGGCUUGGAAUGAUUUAAAGUUGUUCUUUCCAAAUAACGGAAAAGGAAGUCGAGUUAUGCUAACUACUAGGGACUCAGGCUUGGCGAUUUCUUUAGGCUCUCAAGAAUCUUAUUCAUUAGAUUUUCUAAAUGAGGAAAAAAGUUGGAAUUUGUUUUGUCAGGAAACCUUUGCACAAAAAGAUUGUCCAUAUCCGAAAUUGGAAGAAAUUGGUAAGAACAUUGCAAUGAGUUGCAAUGGACUUCCACUAACUAUUGUUGUACUCGGCGGGCUGCUCGCAAACUCCAACAUGAAACUGGAAUAUUGGGAGUCUGUUGCAAAAAAUGUAAGCACUUUUCGUAAUUCAAAAGAUUACGACGGAUGUCUAAAGAUAUUGUCUUUGAGCUAUAACAAUUUGCCCGUUCAUCUGAAACCAUGUUUUCUCUAUAUGAGUGUUUUUCCUGAAGAUUCUGAAAUUCGUGUUUCCAAACUAACUAGAUUAUGGAUUGCUGAAGGAUUUCUAAAACCAAUAAGUGGUAAAAGCUUGGAAGAGGUAGCUGAGAAAUACUUAAAAGACCUUAUUAAUAGAAAUCUAUUUUUAAGUCUUGAAUUUGGGUUUGAUGGGAGAUUAAAAAAAUGUGGAAUCCAUGAUCUUUUGAGAGAUUUAUGUUUGAGAGAAUAUGAAAAAGAACAUUUCAUUUAUGCCCCAAAAGUGCAAUGUAUUGGUGCUAGCGGUGUGAAGGGGGACAAAUGCUUCAUAUGUCGCUUUGGGAGUUCACUCCAAAGGAUAGAUCUGAAUGAAGUGCAUGAUGCCUCGCAACUGACAUCUCUUAAAAGUGUUUUGGUCUGUAACACCUGUAGAAAUAAGCAUCGGAGUCUUAAUAAAGCGAGACUGGUGCGGGCAAGAUUAGUGAGAAAGUUGGGGCAUUCUGCUGAACGAGAAACUCUACACCCUACUAGCUUGCGGUAUCUUGAAAUGAUGAAUACGAGUGAAUACGAUUUUUCGUCUCCAUCUACAAUAGCUUUACUCUGGAAUCAAGAGAUUUUUAAACUUUUCUCUCUUCACCUUCUCAAUGUAAUGUGGGAUAUGCCUCAGCUUAGGCAUUUUCUUGGUUCAACUCAUUUUGUUUUGCCUAAGGAAGCGGCUACUCAAGAUUUCGUUAUUAUGGAAAACCUACAUACGCUUUCUGGUAUGAGAAAUUUCAGGUGUACAGAGGAGGUCCUGAGAAGAAUACCAAAUCUGAAGAAACUACGUAUUUACUAUGAUGAAAAGAGCAAAAUAGAAUGGACGUAUUAUUGUCUCUACAAUCUUGUCCGUCUACAAAAACUCGAAUCACUUUCUAUCGAAGCUGAGUUUCUUCCGCUAGAGAAUCUCACCUUCCCGACUUCACUUAAGAAGUUGCGCUUGGAAGGUUGGAGUAUUCCUUGGGAAAAGAUGAUGAGAGUUGGUUCCUUAUUGCCUAAUCUUGAAAAGCUUGUAUUGGAAUCUAAUUACGUUGAGGAGCAGGAGUGGAAUCAAGUUGAAGGCGACUUUCCUCGACUCAAAUUCUUGAAAAUUUCGAACAAUUAUCACCUGAAGCGGUGGAGGGCAGAAAAUAUCUACUUUCCUAGAUCCUCUUUCUAUAUGACAUGCUGGAGUUGA